AUGAACUUCCCUUCGCCAAUGACGCCCGGUUCUACUCCCCAGUAUGAUCGGGACUAUCGCGACUACUCUGCCACCCCCUCGCCACGACGAGACUGGACCUUCGACACCCCGACGACUCCUAUUCGCCCUGCCACGCGUGCCGCUCAUGGACGGGCUGCCAGUUAUUCCCAGCGCUCACCUUUCCCGCCUCACCCACAGGCGCGCCCGCAGCCGCCCGUCUACAGUCCUCAUCCGUGGGAGUCGCCGCGCUAUACCAGCGAUGGAGUCUACGCCGCCAGGGUUGAUGUUGAUCAGACCCAGAUCCCUCCCUGCUACUACCCCAAUGGCUACGAUUACCCCGCCUAUGGCGGCGCUCCCACGCCUGGUCCCGAGCGCUUCGCCACCCCUCGCGAGUCGCCCCAGACUCCGCGCUUCCAGAAUCGUCCCCCUACCAGUUUCAGCCACACCCGUCAUUCCUCCAUGGCCACUCCUAAGCGUUCAUCCACUGCCCGUCCCCCGAGCUCGCACAAGACAAAGCCCAAAGCCGACGAGCCCGCUGGCCCGCGCAAGGCGAACGAGGCCGAUGCCAAGGCCCACCGGAUCCCUGCCGGCUAUGCCCUUAAGAACUGGGACCCUGAGGAGAGACCCAUUCUCCUGCUGGGUAGUGUUUUUGACUUUAACAGCCUAGGCAAGUGGAUUUUCGAUUGGACCGUCUACCGUGAAGGCCGUGGCUCUCCCAUCGCCGACAUUGCCGGCGAACUGUGGCUACUUCUGAUUCAGCUCAACUCCAAGAUCAAGGUCUCCGAGAGUGUCAUUGGCGGUGUUCGGAACCCCGAAAGCCGUGAGAUGCUCGAGGACUUUCUCGAGUCGGGUGAGCGUCUGCUGGAGAAGUUGCGAUCUCUCCUCAAGUCCUGCGAGGCUCCCAUGCUCAAGGCCGCCAAGAAGCGGCAGUCCGGCCUGGGCAAGAGCUCUGGCGUCGAGUUUGUCCACACGCUCUUCGGACCCGACCGUGAGGGUGAAAAGACAGAGACGUUCAUGCAGAGCAUUCGCGUCUUCAUCCACCGCUUUGAUAUCAAUUGUGAUGACAUUGUCCGGAACCCCACCCGAUAA